AUGCGUCAUCACGAAAUCGAAAGAAAAGAUGCUAUAAAUUGUUGUACUGAAUCUAUUCGAAUAUUUAAUAGAUUGAUAAGAAAUAUUAGGCGAAAUUCUUCUUCAUCGAUGAAAUUGUUGAUAGAACAACAGCAACAACAAGAAACUAAUAAUAAUAAUUUAUUUCUUGUGGAAGAUCAUCAAAGCGUUACUAUUAUUGAUUCAACUGAUAUAACUGAUGAGCAAUGUGUGAAAGAAGCGGAAUAUAUGUUUAAACAAGCUACACAACUGAUUGAAACGGUUGUUCAAGCGAAUCCAUCAUUCACUAGUCAUUUCUUAUUAAAUCUUGCUGAAUUAGAAUAUCGAAAACAUUGUUGGAAAGAAAGUGAAGAGAAAUUAUUAAAAGUAUUAGAAUAUCAACAAAUGGUUCAAGUAUUUCAAAAAGAAACAGCUCAAGCGAAAUUAUGUUGGGGAGAUUUUAAAUGUCGGGAAGGUGAUUUCUUAUCUAGGCGAAGAGGAGGGGGAGGAAGAAGAGGAAUUGAUUUUGAUGAUUCUAAUUCUAAUUAUCAAGAUCAAUGUGAUCAAUGUUAUGACUUGGCAAUUGAAUAUUAUCAACAUGCUAAUGAAAUAAUGAAUGAUAUCAUGAAAUAUGAAUUCAUUUCAAAUAUUGAAAGAAUGGAUUCUACAAAUGUAUUUCAAAUACCAAGGUGUAGGAAAUUAUUAUCUAAUCAGAUUUCAUCUCCCAUGUCUAAAGAAUCAAAUGAAGAUUCGAUACAAUUUGAAUGUCUUUUGCUUUCAAAUAUGAAAUCUGAGCUUUAUCAACAUCAAGGUUGGUUAUUAAGUAAAAGAGGAAGUUUAGAUGAAGGUCUUAAUUUAAUUGAACUUGGAAGAAUUUCAAAUCAGUCACGUUUAGAAAAGGCAGAAUAUUUUCAUUUCUUGGGUAAAGCCAAGAUUUUGAAUUUCACCAACAUGCUUUUGCAACAGAAUCGUUUGAUAUUUGAAAAUAUUCAAGACUCGGUACUUUCUUUACCUUUAUUUACAAAAUUAAUCAAACCACGGAAAUCUCGUAAAGCCAAUUUAUCACAAUCAACAAAAGAGAAGAAAAUAUCAAUAAAAUUAUUAGAAGAAGUUAAUCAAGCAAUCGAUUAUCUUAUAAAUGUUUAUGAUCUUUCAUAUGAAUGUGGAUUAACUCAAACUCUUCAAGAAACUGGUUUAUACAUAACGAGAGCGAAUAUCAUUAAUGUCUAUUUACAAAACCAAUAUAAUAUUGAUCAAGUUGAAAUUGCUUCCAUUUGUGCAUUCUAUUUAGAAAUGACAGCAUUAUUCAAUGAGAAAUUAAAACUUCCAUUUUCUAAUGAUGAUUCACGAUGGCCACAACAAUUUAUAAAUCCCACAAGUUAUCAAAGUGACAAUAAAGAUGAUAAUGAUGACUCAUUAGUGGAUGAAGAAACUAAAUCUCGAAAAGAUUUUAUCAAGACUUUAUUAAUGAAAUAUGAACAAGAAAAAAAUUUAACAUAUAAACAAUUUCAUACGGAAUUUUUGGAUAUACUGCCAUACAAUUGGACAGUUUGUUCAAUUUCAAUUGAUAUUGAAACUAAUGAUAUGUACGUUUGUCGAUAUCGUCAAAAGAUUUCACCUUUAUUAUUAAGAUUACCUUUAAAACGUCAAUCAAGUAGAGAAGAAUAUUGUAACACCACCAUUAUCAAGGAAUUUAAUACCAUAUUAGAAUUAAGUAAUCAAAGUAUGAAAAUUGAUAAAAAUGAAUAUCAAAACAAGCGGGAGAAAUUAGAAUGGUGGAAAGAAAGAAAACAAUUGGAUGAUAGAAUGAAAUUAUUACUUGAGAAUAUAGAAAAUUUUUGGUUUGGAGAAGAAUUAUAUCGAUCUUUUCUUCGUCUCGGUAUAAAUGUUACAGAUCAAGAUAUAGAAGAUAUUAUUUAUUUUCUAGUGGAUGUAUACAAUAAAUGUAAUGAUCAACAAAUUGGAUAUGACGAAAUUGAUUGGGAUCAGCUUACUGAAGAUUUUCGAGAAAUACUCUCAAAUGUUAAUGAUUCUUCUUUCGAGGAUUUUGAUGAUCAACAUAUUAUUCUAAUUCUUGACAAGAAUGUACAAAUGUUACCUUGGGAAAGUUUACCAUGUUUACGAAAUCAACCUGUUUCACGAUUACCUUCUUUGUCAUUUUUAAGAGAUCGAAUUUUAUCAAUUCAACAUCAAAAUAUUCCCCAUAACAUCAAUACCAAUACCAAUAAUAAUCAUCAAAAAAACCAGCAAAAUAAACAAAAUAUUGAAAAUAUCGAAUUUUUAAAUCAUGUGGUUGAUAAAAAUAAAUGUUAUUAUGUUUUAAAUCCAAGUCAAGAUUUAAAAAAUACUCAAAAGGAAUUUGAAACUUUUGUAAAAAGUUUUCAAAAUUGGGAUGGAGUUAUUGGACAUUCUCCUUCUGAACAAGAAAUUAAAAAUGGAUUAUCUAAUCAAGAUCUUUACAUAUACUUCGGUCAUGGAUCCGGUGAACAAUAUAUACGGAGUCAUUACAUUCGAAGUUUGGAUCGAUGUGCUGUAACUUUAUUAUUAGGUUGCAGUAGUGGUCAUUUAAAGAAUGGUGGUGAAUUCGAUCCAUCGGGUACUGCAUUAAGUUAUAUGAUAGCAGGCUGUCCGGCUUUAGUUGCUAAUCUGUGGGAUGUUACAGAUAAAGAUAUUGACCGAUUUACUGUAUCAAAGUCAAGAAAUGAAUGUGUGCUGAAAUAUUUGAUUGGUUCAGCGCCAGUAGUUUAUGGAAUACCUUGUUAUUCGACAUAA